AUGUGUCAGUCAAUAGUGCCAUUCUUAGGGGGGUUCACAAGGGGCCUGGCAACUGUCUGUGCAGGAGUUGGGACGAUAGGUUGUGGACUAUUGUACUAUGGCCAGAACUAUCUCAUAUAUCCCUCUGCAUUUCCUCCGGAAUCACGCACUGAGGUUCCCAGUCCUGAUAUGUAUGGUCUUCAUUACGAAGGCGUUGAGCUGAAGACAGAGGACGGCGUAUUACUGCGGUGCUAUCUCUUGACACAACGAAAGGAGGUUGGUCAUCCAUAUGCACUGCAGAUCCCGGUUAACGAUGAGAUGUCGAACGACGAGUUCACAGCAACGCGUCCAACGGUCCUCAUGUUUCACGGCAAUGGGGGCAACCUCGGACAUAGAAUACCGCUUGCACACGUGUUCUAUACUACAAUGCGUUGCAAUGUCUUUAUGCUUUCUUACAGAGGUUACGGCCGCUCCGAAGGAAAACCAUCAGAGUCAGGCCUCUGCAUAGACGCACAAACCGUGCUGGACUAUAUCCUCGCUCAUGCGAACUUGCGGGGGACCCCCAUAAUCCUGUACGGACAAUCACUUGGAGGCGCCGUCGCUAUCCACCUUGCAAGUCGGAACCCAUCUAAGAUCCGUGCACUUAUCCUCGAAAACACCUUUACCUCUCUUCCCCGAGUUAUCCCCCACGCCACUCCAAUCCUCUCUCCUUUUACGUUCCUGUGCCACCAGAAAUGGGACUCAGCAUCCAAGCUUCCACUCAUCCCCCGUGAAACGCCGAUUUUGAUGCUAAGCGGCGAGAGAGACGAAGUUGUUCCCCCACAGCAUAUGAAGGAGUUAUGGGAGAUUGCGUCUAGGAGGCAGGGGACAAAAGUGGACACUAGGGAUGGGAAUGGAGGGGCUCCAGUAGCUUCAGGUGAGCCAAAUGGUGAGCCGAACCCUGAAGUGGGGAAUGGAAUGUCGAGGUUCGUGAAGUUUCCACACGGGUAUCACAACGAUACUUUUAUGCAGAUGGAUUAUUGGCGUGCUGUCACGGAGUUCGUGGCAGGCCUGUGUUCAUGAAUUCCUCGCUAGGCUGUCCUCUCACACCAUUCUUCGCGUGCUAGCGCUGGCGCUGUCAAGAUAGCAUGCACACCGCGAGCCAGUGACGCUGCAAUGGAAAUGAUUGAUACCUGAUUACUCCCAAUACUACAGCCCGCUUGAUACAAUCGCUUACAUCCUUUCUCGUGCAUGCUUCCACGAGUAUUGGUCAACAUGCCGUUGUCGGAUGUAAGUGUAGCAUAGUUUAACACGUUUUUUCGCAUCGGGCAAGUUGACGGAGUCACCCAAAUGCACGCAAUACAGACCUGGAUUCCAGGUGAAUGGGCAUCGUUAAAAAAGUUAGGAUACGUUGUAACAUUGCGAAGGCAGUCCAUCCAUUUACUGUACUGCAAGACCUCC